AUGGGAAGAGGCCUGGACGAGAAGGAUAUCCCGGCGGAGUUGGUCAGGCUCGCUGCUCUCCUUCAAGGAGGGAGGCCGCCUCGUAAUUGCCGGCUCACAUCGAAGCAACUGGAAUCUCUAGCGGCCUGUUGCGAUGCUUUCAUCCCCUCGGCCGAAGUUCCCGGCGGCAUCGCCUCUGACGAGGAUCUUGAUCGGUUCUACGGCACCUCCGCGUCCAUGGUUACGAUCCCGGAGCAUGUAAGUAUGGGAAAAACCGUAUGACGAUAAAUUUUGUCUAUUAAUUUUUCUGUGACGACCCAUUAGAGCCAUUAUCUCUUCAGUUACCCAGUUUCGAACUUUUUUCAUGAUGAUGUCCGCAAAAGCUCCCUCUUCAAAAGAUACAAAGCAACCAGAUAACAAAAAGUCUAUGAAAUUUUCAUUCCCGAAAUUGCCUUCUUUUCUCUUGCUCUUAAUGGAUAGAUGGUAGGGAUCCUAGGAACCUAUGAAAUUGGAUGUUAAUGUUUCUUGUGCCAGUUAUAUCCAUCGACCUACAUAAUACUAACUUUUAAGGAUAAUUGACGAGAAUCGCAGUAGACUUCAAAUCUUGGUUAAUCUCUGGAAAAGUGGCCAAAACAUAUUUCUCACUAAUGACCCCCCCUCCUUCCCGUUCUCACGGCCAUUCCACUCCGAAGAUUGCGGGUCUGAUAUCGAAGAAGCAACUGCAUCCAGCCAUCCCGCUCUUGCGGAUGGCGUUGUGGCUCCUGUCAACGCGGUGUGGCACCUUCGCCAUCUGCGGCGGAGCGAGCCUGUCGAAGAGCUUCCCUUAUUUCCGGAAGUUCUCUAAGGUGGAGGAGCCGCGGCGGGAGGAGAUUCUUGUGAAUCUCUCGAGGAGCUCCUUCGGCCUCAAGAGGCUACUCUUUCGGUGCCUCAAGAUCCUCACCGUCCGCCUCUACUUUCAAAGGGUGAGUGCGAGAGCCCUUCAGACUCUGCUAGCCGCCGAUCGAUUCCUGAGUUGGAUAAUGUAAAACAGUUCUCAGUCGAUUCCAGGCAGACGAGAUGAACGGGAACCCCUCGUGGAAGGCGAUCGGAUACUGCGGCCGCGACCCAGACCUCCCGACCCUCGACGAUCGGUGGAGGAGAGCCGCCCCGGUGGAUGAGGCCUUGGAAACCCUUUUCCCAGAUCUUCAGCUAAUGGGCCCUCUUUACCAGUCUCUGGUUGACAUGUCCGGCACGGAACAGCCCCCAAACUUCAGAGCGCUCCACGAGCUCGGCUCUCCCGUCGCCGGCAAUGGCUCCCCGCUGACACUCCAAUGCGACGCCGUCGUCGUCGGGUCUGGCUCCGGCGGCAGCGUUGUAGCUGGCGUCCUCGCCAACGCCGGGUACCGCGUCAUCGUCCUCGACAAGGGCCGCUACUUCCCCACCGCCACCCUCUCCCUCCUCGAGGGCCCCUCCCACGAGCAGAUGUACGAGAAGGGUGGCAUGGUCUCUUCCGACGACCUCAGCGUCCUGGUUCUCGCCGGUGCAACCGUUGGCGGUGGAUCUGCGGUCAACUGGUCUGCCUCCUUCACGACGCCGGACCACGUGCUCAACGAGUGGCGGGAGGAGCAUGGGCUGAAGCUCUUUGGCCAGCCGGCCUUCCGCGAAGCACUGGAGGCUGUGUGCGCCCGCCUUGGGGUCAGUCCCUCGACAUCAGCUGGCACCCCGGCGGAAAGGCUCAGCAGCGCUGUUCUACGGAGAGGCUGCUCUACGCUUGGAUACCCAGUGGUGAACAUCCCGGUCAACGCACCGCCGGGCCACGACUGCGGGUGGUGCCACCUCGGUUGCAAGGACGGCAAGAAGAAAAGCACCCUUGAGACGUGGCUUGCUGACAUGACGGCGUCCGGCAAUGGGGUGAUCCUCGCCGGCUGCCGAGCGGUCAAGGUCACGACAAGUAGACAGAAAGGAGGCCGGAGGCCGGUGGCCACCGGGGUAAUAGCCAAGUUCAAGUACGGCGAAGUCGUGGUGAAGUCGAAAGUGACGGUCGUGGCCUGUGGAGCGCUCAACACUCCGGGCUUUCUCAGAAGAAGUGGAUUGAAGAAUCCAAACAUCGGCCGGCACCUCCAUCUUCAUCCGACCGUCAUGGCUUGGGGUUACUUCCCCGACGGGACCACGUCCGGAAACUGGUUGUCACCGGAGAAGAAGAGCUACACCGGAGAGCUACUAACGACGAUGUCGCCAGUUCCGGGGGAGUCUACUUACGGAGUCAUCAUCCAGACCCCGGCGAUGCACCCCGGGGCCUUCUCGGUUCUGACGCCGUGGAUCUCCUCUGCCGACUUCCGGCGGCGUAUGAUCCGGUUUCCUCGCACGGCCACCCUCUUCGCGCUGGCCCGGGACCGCGGGUCAGGGUGCUCCAGGAAAUACCCGGCGUCGCUGUCAUACAAGUUAGAUGCCGCCGACGAGAAAACGCUCCAGCAGGGGAUGGAGAGAAUGCUGAGGAUACUGGCGGCGGCAGGGGCCGAAGAGGUGGGAACGCACCACCGCGAUGGGGAGGUGUUCAAGGUCAAGGGGUCGAGCCUGGAGGAGCUGGAGAGUUACGUGCGGCGGGCUAGUGGACGGGGGCUGCGUGACUCGGCCACUCCAAUAAGCACAGCGCACCAGAUGGGGAGCUGCCGUAUGGGUAUGGACCCGAGGACGUCCGCGGUGAACGAGAAUGGCGAGACAUGGGAGGUAGGACGGCUCUUUGUGGCGGACACCAGUGUGUUUCCAACGGCGCUAGGAAUCAACCCCAUGGUGACCGUGCAGGCCAUCGCCUACUGCACGGCGCAGAACAUUCUCGAGGUCCUCCAGGCGUCCUCUGGUUGA